CAAAACUCGGACCACAGGCGGCAGAAGGCACUCGAGGCGCUCAGUCACGUGAAGGUACCAAUAUUAUUUGAUUGAGUGCUGAAAACAAGACAUCGAAACACUUAGCACGUGAAGGAAGAUUGAGGAGAGUAUUCUAAGAAGCUAUUCCAGGCAUCAAAGGUUCCAGUAGUAAUAAGGCAGCGUCAGGAUGUGGCCAGCGGGUCGGCGGGUGGUGAGUGUGGUGCCUCGCCUCGCCCUCACAGCGGCCCGGUGCACCGCCACGGCCUCGGGGCACGCCAAGGGAGAGUACUCCACUGACAAGGAGACUCACUUCGGGUUUAAAAAUGUGUCAGAAGAGGAAAAGGCACAGAAAGUGCACCAGGUGUUUGAGAACGUGGCUGAUAAGUAUGACCUGAUGAAUGACCUCAUGUCGGGGUUCAUUCACCGGGCGUGGAAGGACCAGUUUGUGUCCCGCCUGCAGCCCAGACCCCACACCAGGCUGCUGGAUGUGGCGGGUGGCACAGGAGACAUUGUGUUCCGCUACAUCCAGCACCUUCACCAUGCCAGUGGGGGUUCUAGAGUAGGUGCUGCAGCCCCUCCCAAGUACGCCACCACUGACAGCAGCACCAGCGACAGUAGCAGUGACAGUGAUAGUGAAAGUAGCCAGCGACUGUAUGAGAUCAGCGUGUGUGACAUCAGUGAAAACAUGCUGGGUGUGGGGCAGCAGCGGGCGAAGGCUCUGGGCCACCACGGCAUUGACUGGGUGUGUGGUGACGCCCAGCAGCUUCCCUUCGAGGAGGGCGAGUUUGACUGCUACACGAUAGCUUUUGGCAUCAGGAAUGUGGUGGACGUUCAGAAGGCGCUGGAAGAAGCCUACAGAGUGCUGAGGCCGGGGGGACGAUUCAUGUGUCUGGAGUUUAGCCACGUGAAAAAUUCUCUCAUGCGAUGGGCGUAUGAUCAGUACUCCCUCAAUGUGAUCCCCCCCAUGGGUCAGGUGGUGGCGGGGGACUGGGCCAGCUAUCAGUACCUAGUGGAGAGCAUCAGAAAGUUUCCAGACCAGGAAACGUUUAAGGAAAUGAUAGAAGAGGCUGGAUUUAGAAACGUGACCUAUGAGAACCUGACGCUGGGAGUUGCCGCCAUCCACAGCGGGUUCAAAAUAUAAGAGUUGAGGGAAGGAAAGGUAUGCACGCCAUUGUUGAUACCUCAUCGUCAUUCGUUAAUUUAUUGAUAGUUUGUAGUAUUGAAAUUUAAGCCACAAUGUACAUAAAUUUGUUACUUAAUAAGAUGGUAUUAUAUGUCCAGAAAUACACCAUAUUUGUACCACCAA